GUUGAGGUGAUAAAAGUGGAGAUAGAGGAGGUCAUCCUGAACGAAGUCCGACCCUGUGGCAGAUGAAGCUGCGGAGACUGACUGAGGACUGGACUCUAAAAUGCAACACUGACGUCGCUGUUGACAACUGCUGGCCGCCUGAGGGCAGCGCCUAGCAACCAGUUCAGCGUGCGUGUUUACCCUAACAACCAUGGAACUGGAGGUCAUGCAAGAAAAACAUCAGACUUUCUUAGAUAAGGAUGAAAAACAACUCGUAUUCAAACAAGUCCAAGACCUAAGGUCUUCUAUUGAUACCCUGCAGGUGGAGAAUGACUUGUUUGAAAGUUUCAUCAGUCGACUAGAGCCACUUGAUUUGGUAUCUCAGACUGGAGAAGAAGGACCAGGACCAGGACCAGGACCUGCAGGAGGCUCACAGCUAGAGAAUAUAGGCUUUGGGUGGAGACGGAGGUCCCGUAACUCAAUCUCAGACCGACUUAAGCAGCUAAGCUUUGAACAGAAACUUUACGUGGUUAACAAAGAAGGAACAGAGACACAACAUGACCAUGAAAACCUCAAACACAGAUAUGAGAGAAUGCAAGACAACUAUAAGGCCUCCUUGAAGGAGUCGGAAUUGCGUCUGGCAGAAAUCAGGAGAGCCAAGAAAGAGUUUGAAAGCAGAGUGGUCAAACCUGUGAAGGAGAACAGGCUGGAGGUGAAAGAGCCAGAGAAGGUGCUCCAGUUUAUUGCAGACAAAUUGAAGAUCACCCAGCUGGGGAAACUAAAUCUGAUGAUCCAGGCUCUAAAGAUGCAAGAGAGGAAGAUCCAGCAGCAGCUUCAUCGCCAGAAAGAAUUAGGAAAAUCUGACUACGAGGAAAUCUUUCCAGAGUACAGCGAGCGCAGGACUGAGAAAAGUCGAGAUGAACUCCAAGUCAGUAAUCUGAAAGUUCAGCGUGUCCUCAGUUCACAUAAGGAGAAGCUUCAGAGUGUGACUGAGAUGUCUGCAGAGCUGAGCAGUGACAUCACCAACAGAAAGCAAAUGUUGUUAAAAAUAGAGGAGGAGAUACAGCAUGUGCAAGAGGAAUGUUUAAUGGCUGAGGCCCUGAACCAACAACUGCAGCGUCAGAUGGCAGAGUACCAGGUUCCUGGUGUGAAUGACUACAUGGAGGCCAAGGACAAAAAGAAGAAGCUGCAGCAGAGUGUUCACACAUGGGGAAGGAAGGUUGGGGUUGCUGAGAUGACCUUAAAGAGAAACAGCAAACAGAGAGUCGCUCUUACCCCAGCUAACAGUGCUGCAGUUGGACCCAGGUCUGACGGGGACAUCAGUCCAGUCAGACUUCCAUAUCUACAGUAACAGAUCACAAUCCAUGAAAAGACUCAAAAUGACUAACAUGGUUAAAUAAAAAUAAAUAAAUAAACACUUCUGUUUGUUUUUUGUAACGUUUGGACUGAAGUUUAGUUCUGAUGUUGAACUUGUGCUCGAAAACAUGUUUAGACAAAGUUUAGAAGAUUCAUAUACUGUAUAUAUAUAUAAAUAUAUAUACAUACAUACAUCAUUUUUUGUUACCACAGAAUUAGUCGUUGAUCAAGUGCAGCAUAAGAAAAUUCCAAAUCCACAUCCAAACUAUUUUCUUUAUUAAAAAGAAAUCCUCAGAUCUUCCAAAUAACUAUAAUGUUAUGACGUUACAUGCUAUAUGUACAUAUAUAUAUAUACAUAUAUAUAUAUACACACACAUAUAUAUAUAUAUAUAUAUAUAUACAGUACAUGACGGUGCGAAGCCUCACUGGAUUUAUUAUUACGUACUCAUGUCACAUUUGUGUGUUGGAAAAUAUCACUUAUUCUCAAUCACUCCUACACUACAUUUUCUCACAAAGGCGGCAUUGGACAUGGAAACGCAACAGAAUGUUCCAGAAAGUUCCUCUCAGACAUACGUAAAAGGCACUUUCACAGGUACAUACUAUAGAUGUAGCUUUAACCGGGACAAAAGCACACAAUUCUAUACAUCUGGCUUCAUACUGUCAGAGGGACAUCAACUGUAUACCUGUGGAUAUAUGACUGUACAGUAUUUGCGCUAAAGACAUUUCUACCAAGAUAGACAACAAAUAUUAUAAAAAAUAAUAAACAUUAGUAAUUCAGAUAUCACUUAAUGGUGGUUUAAAUUCACACAAAAAGUUGAGUCACAGAGAGAGAGAGAGAGAGCCAACCUGCUGCUGGAGAGUAAAAUAUAUUGCAAGUACUUUUGUGUGAGCCAAACAUUCCCAGCACAUGCAUCCUGUAAGUCUGAAAAUAUUUUAGUCGA